UGUCUAUAUUGUAUUCCUACUUCAAUAGUUGCUUCAGUCGUUGCAGCAAAUAUAUAAAAUAAGAAAUCUUCAUGAUGUAAUUACAUCGGGUUACUCUAACGUACGCCGAAGCUUACAUAAUAGAAAUUCGGGGAAUAACCUGGUUUUUGCACCAGCGGAGUAAUGGAAGAAUCAUUAAUACUAGAAGUAGAAAAGAGACCUGUUCUGUAUGAUAAGGGGUUAAUAACUUACAAAAAUAGUAAUACUCGAGAGGAAGCAUGGAAAGAAGUAGCGAUUUUAUUGCAAUUAGAUACCGAUACAGUAAAGAAAAGGUGGCGUUCUUUAAGAGAUGCCUUCAUCAGAUAUCAUCGUGCCAUUAAAUAUACUGCUGGAUCGAAAGUGGGAAGCAAAAAGAAAUGGGUUUAUUAUAAUUACAUGUUAUUUCUAAUUCCUCACAUAGAAUUCAGAGAAAGUUCUAUAGAAAAUGAGAAAGAAUUUGAAGACGAUCAAAGCUAUUUAAACGAGUUUCAACAAAUGCAAGAAUUUCAAGGAAACCACGAAUUUACAGAUACAGAAAAUUCUACCAGAAAUACAGAUACACCCAGCACCUUCAUUGAGAUUCAAAACAAAAAUCAUCAAAAGAAACGUAAACGCGAGGUUGCAGAAGAUGAGAAGCUUUUACAAAUAAUCGGUAAAGAACCUCACCCCGAUGAACAAUUUUUACUAAGUUGUUUGCCGAUUUUCAAACGACUUUGCCCCAAAAAGAAUCAGCUUGCUCGUAUAAACAUACAAAAAAUGUUGUUCGAAAAUGAAUUUGGAUACGGCAAUGUACAAAGUGGUAAUCAGAAUAGAACGGUUUCACAACUUUCAGUAAACAAUUCUUAUACAUCAAGCACUGAAAAUUGUUAUGAAGAUAUUUUGGAUUUAUAUGAAUCUUCAUGUUCUACAAAGUCAACAAAUAAAGUUGAAUACAAUCAAAAUGAAAUAAUCGAUUUGAACGCAAGUCAAUUAAUAACUAUUAAUGAUGAAUUAACUAUAAACGAGCAAAUUAAUUGUUGCAAUGAAGUGACUUAUGAAGGGGAUGGAACCGUAUAUUUUCUAACUGAAAGUAAUGAGAAUAAUGUAAAUAUUACUCAACAGCACACUUUUGAGCCAAGUUGCAAUGUUAGCAAUGACCGACACAUUGAAGAAAGUGAAAACGAUGCAGUUACGACCCAUGAAAUGGACGUUGUUCAUGAUAUCGUUUGCAGUUUAUUGGAAACACCCUAUGCUCAACGUAACAAUAUUGAACGACAAGACAUACUAUCUUUUCCUCGACCAGUGCCUGCAUUAACUAUUCUGUAUAAAGAUAGGAAACUUGGACAAACAUUUUCGAGGUCUUUCAAAACUUCAUGGUACGAUAAUCACAAAUGGCUGUGCGGUAGCACAUUCAAAAAUUCGUUAUUUUGUUGGCCGUGUUUAUUAUUAUCCAAUUACAAACAAACAGUUUGGGUGACACAAGGAUAUUCAGAUCUUAAAAACUUGUCAGCCAGCGUAAGGAAACAUGAGCGUUCCAAAGAACACAUGCAGAAUUUUCUAUCACUGAAACGUAUGGAUAAAGAUGCUCUCAUAUUAGCGAAUGCUUUAAAAGGAGAUCCAGCGAUUUUGUUGAGAUUCAAUGAAGAAGUUAAAAAGAACAGAAAACUCUUAAGUUAUUUGAUAGAUGUUACAGUGACACUGGUAAAACAGCAACUUUCCUUUCAGGAUCUGGAUACGUCUGGUUCAUCAAACUGCAAUAAUUUUAAAGAAUUGUUUAAUAUGUUGAUUAAACGCGAUUCAGAUAUGCAAGAGCACGUAUUAAAAAUCGAAGCUACUUCUACAGAUGUUUGUCAAUCCAUUCAAAAUGAUUUAAUUCAAUGUAUUGCAAACUAUCUUAUAGAUAUAAUCCAUCAAGAGGUAAAAGAUGCUUUGUAUUAUGCUGUUCAAGUUAACGAUUCCGCGGAUUUACUUGAAAAACCUCAAUGCGCUCUGUCUUUAAGGUUUGUUAAUAAAUUAGGCGAAUUGAAGGAACGAUGUUUAGGUUUUUACGAUAUAAACGAAGAGACAACUGCAUCUAAUUUAUAUGUUAUUAUUACUAAUGUUUUAAAGCCUUUACAUUAUGAAAAGAAAUUAGUUGCACAAUGUUAUGAUGGCGCUUCUAUUAAAAAAACUUGUUUAGAUGAACUUGUGAAUGAAAUGAAACGUGACGCUCCACAUGCUCCAAUCACUCGAUUAACUUUAAUCCUUCAGAAUGGAUCCAAUCACAUCCAAAAUUGUAGAUUGUUUUUUGCCACGAUUUCUUCAAUUCCGCAUUUUUUUCAUCGGUGUGCGAAAAGAAACUUUUUUCUAACUUCAGUUAUCCAAAAGUGUUUUCCUAUGGUUUGCGAAUCAUACUGGUCUUCACUUUCCCGUGUUCUUCAUAUCGUAAAUACUGAAUGGCACCAAUUACAUCAAGUAUUUUCUAAAAUUAUCAGUGAUCCAAGUUCAUCUGCGGAGUCCGUUAACUCAUCUAUGAAUUACUUAAAACAUUUUAGCAAAAUUGAAUUCGCUUUCUUAACAACAGUUUAUUGUCAAAUAUUCAGUAUCACAGAUACACUUUUUAAUACUUUAGAAAACAAAUCUUUGGAUGUUUAUCUGUGUCAAAAUUUACUGACUUGCGUGAAGAUACAGAUCGAAACAUUGAGAACGGAUUCCCAAUUGGAUGAUUUCAUAAUAAUCGCGCAGAGCAAGUUAAGCGAAGAAGAAAUUGAACAUAUUGAUGUAGAGAGAACAACACUCGCGUCGUUAUAUUUUGAAAUCGUAGAUAAUAUUAUAUCACAAAUUGAUACGCGUUUCAAUGAUAUGGGUUCGAUGUUAUACAUUUCUUUGGCGGAUAGCUCGAAGUUCAAAAACUACAGCGAUUCGUUUCCAAUGACUUUGUUGAAUAGUCUGAUCGAACAAUUCGCCGAUAUCUUUGAUAAGCCACAGUUGAUAAACGAAUUAAGUGUUCUUUAUAAGGACACUUUAUUCCAUUCUUUAAGUAUUGAACAGAUACUAAGGUUCUUUGUUGAAAAUGAAUUUACAGAGAUAUUCCCUGAAGCUUAUAAGCUAUUUGUAUUGAUUUGCACAAUACCAGGUACAAGCGUUUCGGUGGAGGGUCAAUUAUCUUGUUUAGAACGCAUAAAGGCAUACUCAACAAAGUCUAUGACUGAACGCAAAUCAUCUUCUCUAUCUUUACUCUACGUAGAAAGUAAGUUAUUAUGGGAAGUUUAUGCAAAGGAGGAUUUUCUGGAUCAAGUAAUUACUAAAUUUUCGAAGUUGAAAGACCAACACAUUAAUCUAAUUUAUAAAAAGUAGAUGUUAUAUCGAGUAUAACAAUAGAAUAUACAAUUUUUAUGGAUAAUUAGUGAUGUCUGGAUGAAAGUAUGCAAUUUUAUCACCCAGAAUAGCGAGUAAGAAAAUUCCAUCGAAAUAGCAUCAAUGGGAAAUGUUUAAUUAAUAAAUUACAAUUGAGACCCUACUCCCAAAUAAUAACAUCCAUCCUGUUUUACUUGUAGAAGUAGAGUUAGUCUUAGUUGGUAGUCCAUGAGAAGAACAUAAGUCUUAAUUGAUAGGUUCAGAUAAUUUCAAUAAUUCCUAUUCACCGAGACUUUGCAACGAUACACUCUUUCCAGAUUCUCAUCUCUAGGACGCGACAAUAUUUUAUAAAAAAUAAAUAUGUAUGUUUUUAUUAAUCCUU